CUGUACUCCCAUGUGAAGGACUAUGAGACUCUAACAGGCAGCAGAGUCCUCCCAGCAUUACAGACAGUUUUCCAGUCAGCUCCUGCAGUCUGGACCAUCAACCUGUCAGAGAGAAAGGCCUCUGUCCUCCUGGAAGUGAUGAAGCUCCAAUCGGGAAAGAAACCAGUUGAGCUGACAGGCUGGUCAGAUGAAGAGAGUGAAGUGUGGAGUUUCCUGAAGUGUCUGCCUUACAUGUCACAGCUCAGGUGUGAUCCAGAGUUCUUCCAGUUUGUGUGUGCGUCUGUCUCUGUGAGAUCAACAGAGGUGGCCCAGCAGUUGGCCUCUCUCCUGCGGCUCAUGGGUUUCACUCUGGUGCUAACAGGAGAGUUACCCAGUAAAACCUGCUGGUCUGUGGGUCGAGUUCUGGGACUCUGUGGCUCCAGUGUGGAUCUCAUCUUCACACCCAGCAAGAUCUCACUCGAAGGAGCCUCCCUCAUCUUUAGACAUACAGCACAAUUACACAGUCUUCGACUGUCUGAAAGCAUGGCAUUGUUACUGUGUCAACUGGCAAGCACACAAAAAGUGGCCGAUCCAGUAUCCAUUGAGGAGCUUUCUCCUGUCCUCAAAACGACAUCACAGCGAGUAUUGAUGAGAGCUGUCAGUAGUGUGGGGUCCCUCCUGAGAUACUGGGCAGUCAAAUGUUUGGACCUGACCGAAGUUUGCAUUCCUGCUCACAAUCUCAUGACACUGCUGCUUCACCGUGAUCCUCUAACAAUCAAACUGAGUGCGCAGUGUGUUCAGCAGCUGACUGUACUCAUACAUGAGAUCCAGGACAAAGACUUGACUCAGUCUUUCUUGAGUAAACUGGGUGGAGACCUGACCUCCUGCUCUCUAGACUGGGAAUUACUUCACUAUUUGCUACAGCACUCAUCAACUCACAGCAUCACUGUGGACAUGAGGAAGAGCAAGAUCUCAGAGAAGAGCAUCAUAAAUCUUCUUCCCUUUCUGGACAGGAUUGUGUUUAAAAGGCCCAGCCCCAGCUUUGUGUUGUCUGCCAUCAGGGAGAGCUACAAAACUCAUGCCAGGCACUGUAUACCCAGUUUACUGAAGUCAUUAGCCCAUGCCAUCAACCUGACCUGCAGAGAACUGGACACAGUGGACUGUGCUGCUCUGCUCUUCAUCCUCAAACACAGCGAUGGAGUCAAACUCAACCUGCUGUGGACCUCCAUCCCACAAGGAGGAAUACAGGCCCUCCUGCUCACACUGGAGAACAUCUCUCAUCUCAGUGUUGACAGGAAUCUGCUGCUGAGGUUGCUGCGGGGUUGCACUGCCUCUGGGGUCCAACAGGGGGCAGCAGCAGCAGGUCUGCUGAGGGCCCUGCAGCACAGGCUGGAUCUGUCCUGCUCCUCCUGUGUGGAGCUGUCAGAGCAGGAGCACAGGGAGACUCUGUGUCUGGGAGCUGGAGACUGCAGGGCAAUCUCCACUGUCCUGAGACACAGCAGCCAGGAGACACUGCUCAACCUACAAGACUGUGAGGUGGAGGACAGUGGACUGGAGCUGCUGUUUCCUGUCCUCAACAAAGUCCACCUGAGCACCAGCAAAGCCGUCCUCGUCCAGAUGGUGUCCCUGGUGCCUGUGGGCAGUGAAAGGGACACAGUGAUACGAGCAAAGUCCCUGGGUCGAGCCCUGGGUGGAGAGCUGGACCUCAGUGAGACCACAUUGGAUCAGAGGGCGUGUGACGCUUUGGUCUGGAUACUGGAGUUUUCUGAGGGACUGACAGAACUUAACCUCAGUCACUGUCAACUCACAGACCAGCUCCUGCACACACUGAUCCCACAUUUGUACAAAGUACAAGACCUGGAUGUGAGUCACAAUAAGAUCACUGAUGCUCUGACUGCCAGAUUACUCCAGCUGGUCUCCAUCAACACCUCCAUCAUUGUGCGAGUCUUCAGCAAUAAUAUCAUGGACAGAACCCCCUUUCUGAACGACAAACGCUUUGAAAUGUGGUGAACCAAUCAGCUGCAGUUUUUGGGCCGGCAGAGGGAAGUGGACAAAUUAUGUUUUGUGGCUGGCAACACAGUUCAGUGUAACUGUGAUCAUUUUACACUUUAUUGGGUCACAAUUUAAUGGUACUCAGCCAGCAGAGAUCCCUUUAAAACAGUUUAGAGAUUGGGAUAGACAUAUUUAUAGGUUUAUAUGGA